AUGGCUGAUCCGGAAAGCACGCCCUCUAGAGCACUCUCAAAGCAUGUAGGGCAUGCCAAGCCAAGCCACUGUCCAGAACACAAAUGGGCUUCAGCGAGGGAAGUUGUGGGGAAGAAAUCCAUUUUCUACCCGCUGAGCGAGCAAGUUGAGCCUGCAGAAGGAGAUGCUGGUCCUUCCCAAAGCAGCCCCCCCUUGCAGCCUGCAGAAGGAGGGAGGCCGGCCAGGACGGCAUCCGUUGUGGGAUCAGUCAGUGACCCUGGACUGAGCAGCAGCAAGCAGGUGGAAGAGCUGGAUCUGCAGGUGUCCACCAGGUUGGGCUUGGAGGUCCCUGAGAUGACCUUGGGAAGAAGACAUGAAGGUUCAGAGUCCAGCCAAGGCCAGGAAGAGGCCGGGAGCUUCAGCAGAGGAGGCGGUGAGGUGGUGGCGGAAGGGGAAGAGGCCCAGAGAGAAGGGGGCGAGGAGGGUCCUGCGAAGGCACUACCAGCAGAUCAAGGUCAGGAAGCAUCUGGCCACGGGGAGGACUCAGUCGGCGAGUUGGCCCAGACCUCCCAUUCCAGCUGCAAGGUAAACUCUAAUGGGAUCUUAACGGGCUGCGUCGCCAAGUGGAAAAAGAAACAGAAGUCCAGAACCCAAGAGAUUCUGUGCCCUGAUGGACCUCCACCACUGGCCCCAGAGCUGCUACGUACCGUCUUCCAGUCUAGCCGAACAGACAGGCAGAAAGUAGCGGGAACUUUAGAUUUCUCCAACGGGCGAAAAACCCAGCCUUCCAAAGCCCCGAACGGCCUAAAGACACGUCUCCACUUUGGGGACGUCACCUUUUUACCAGAACCCAUUCAGGAUCUCAGUCUACCCAGAUGGAUGAACGAAAGACCGCUGGAUGGCAAUGAAAGAGCAGCUGCCCUGCGUUUAGGCUUUCGCUGGUUUCCAUACUACAACGAAAAGGGGGAGGCCCACCAGGCGACAGCAGUGCCACAUAGACACCUGGGACACAGUCAUCCAAGGCUUCAGACCAUCCUGUCCCAUCAGCAAGGAGCGAUGCACAAGAAACCACGCCAGCACCUUGCCCCCCUGCAGACCCUAAUCUUCUUCUCUUGUGCAGAUUCCAAGGGUGUAGAAAACCGGAGAGAGAAAUACGCAGCUCUCUUUGAAAGCCAAACACCAAAGGCCUGGAAAACAUACAAGCAAAGUGGUGUUCCCAACGUAGCGGAAGGGAAGCUCACGAAUGACACCAAAUUCAGGAAGCACAGAACCAUCCCAAAUGCACUGCCCCGAAUGAGUCACCUGGAAGAGAAAAGAACAGAGGAAGCCCCCAGAUCGGGGCCUUUCUUUUACAUCGGAGGAGCAAAUGGGGUUGAAAUCUUGAAUAUCUACUGCAAAAGUAGAGGCUGGCAACGAAUCUAUGACAACCGGAGAGAAGACUACAUCUUGAAAUGGUGUGAGACCAAGUGUCGGGACACCUAUUACAACUUCAGAGAAGGAGAGCAGCUUCUCUACCAGAUCCCAAACAACAAGAUCCUUACGACAAAGAUCGGCCUCUUGAUGAACCUCAGGGAAUAUGAACGGGUGAUGAGGAAGGUCAGCCGGACAACCAAAUUGCUAAAAAUGGAAGAUUUUUUCCCCGAGACCUUCCGUCUGGACACCAAAGACGAGAAAGAAAUCUUCUUCAAUGUAUACAGAGAACCUCAUAUUUGGAUCUGUAAGCCCACCAGCUCAAACCAAGGCCGGGGCAUUUUCCUUCUGAAAGACCAAGCCGAGGUCCAAAGCUUGCAAGCCAGGCUCCAGAACAUGGAGGACGACCCUUUGUACAAGAAGCUCCCUUAUAAACUACCUCCAGCACGAAUUGUCCAAAGGUACAUUGACCGUCCGCUUCUCCUGGAGGGGAAAAAAUUCGACGUCCGCUCUUACUUGCUGAUCGCCUGCACCGUGCCAUACAUGGUCUUUUUCGGGCACGGCUACGUCCGGCUCACGUGCCUCAACUACGAUCCCAAAUCGGAUGAUCUCACUUCUCAUCUGACCAACCAGUACGUGCAGAAAAAAAGUCCCAUCUAUUCCCACGUCAAGGAGGAGACGGUCUGGCUGAUGGAGCGCUUCAACACCUAUGUCAACGAGAACUUCCGACAAGCCAAAGGGCUCCCUAGAGACUGGGUCUUCAACAGCUUUACCAAGAAAAUGAAGGAAAUCAUGUUGCAGUGCUUUCUGUCCGUCAAAUCCAAGCUGGACUGCAAACUGGGCUACUUUGAUCUCAUUGGCUGCGACUUCUUGAUCGAUGAAGAUUUCAAGGUGUGGCUCUUGGAAAUGAACGCCAACCCUGCGCUGCAUACCAACUGCGGGGCGUUGAGGAACGUGAUUCCCAAGGUGGUGAACGAGACCCUGGAUCUGGCCACCGAGAUCUUUUCCAAGGCUCAGAAGGCCGAGAACAUCUUACCUCUGGAGUCUCUUUGUCAUUUUGUGCUGCUGUACAAUGGAACGGCUUCCGACAACGGGCUGUCCCAGCCAACCAAGAGCAGGACUUCCCUCAGUUCUCUGAAGAUCCCCCGGGCAACUCUGGAGAAGGCCAGCAGCAGCACCACCGGGGUGCCCAGUCGCCCGACGGAAAAGCAGCCGCCCCCCAAAGCCCCUGAGAAGGUGCCAAGCGGGGACCUCACAGGAGAAGCCAAGGGGGGGGUUGCUGGCGCUCCCGAAGAGCCGGCCCUGCCCCGCAGCAAAGGAGUCCAACGAAACCCCCUUCCGAUGCCCCAGAUCCAGAUCUCCAUUGUCCCCAGCCUGGCCUGCUCCCCGUCCGUCAAAGCCAUCCUCCGGGGCAACCAAGUUUGCACCAGCGGCAACCAGUACAUCGUCAAGCACGUUCUGGCCGCCCCCGAUGGCAGCGCGAAGGCGGAGGGCAGUGAGGAGCAAACCAAGGCCCUCAGCCUCCCCCGGCGGAGCGCCCAGGACAAGUCCUACACAACCUGGUUCCAGCAGACCUUUGGGGCCAAGCUGCCGUCCGCCAGUGGCACCGGCCCGGGGAGCUCCUUGACCAGCUCGCAGAUGCUGUCCCUCCACCUCCAGUCCAGCCUGCCCCCCAACUGCCUGCUCCUCCCGGAGUCCCCCAAGCCCUUCUGUUUGUCCGAGGCCCCCGCCAAGGGGCCAGCAGACGACAGCCCAAGCUGCAGUGAAUCGCUCCCAGAAGAUAAAAAGAUCUCCCACCGCGGGUCUUAAACAGCCCCCCACCCCAGUCGCUUGUGUAUUUCAAAAGCCCUCGUUCCCUUUUUCCUAUAAAGGACAAAACCAAGAAAAAAAAAGAAAAAGAAAAAAGAAACACCUUUAUUUCUGAUGUGUUUCAGCAUC